AUGUCCCAGGAACAACGGCCACCCGCUUCGUACAAAAAGGGCAAAUGGAGGCCAUACCGCCCCGUGGUGGUCGCCUCGCCGCCACCAGCUCCGUCGCCGUUUUUCAGGAUCGUUUUCCCCAUCAUUCUAGCUGCUACGGUUGUGAUCCGUAACCUCCAGUUGGAACACCCGGUGGCUGCCGAAGCCGCCACCAUCGAACGGGUGGUACAGUACUCGCGAGGCGAGAUCUUCGUUGACACACAGCCGCCACUUGCCAAAUUGGCGUUCUACUGGCUCUCUUUGGUGCUGGGAACCACUCAGGGCGUCAACACCAUUCCCAGCGACUGGACCCGCUACUUCCCGGUAUUGUUGGGGGUCUUGACCAUGGCGUUGGCCCACGCCACAUUGCGGGCCAGCAAGUGUGGGCCUGUCACCCAAUUGUUGGCGGUAGCCUUGAUUGCCGUGGACCACACGCUCAUCGUGCACUCCAACCUCGUCAGCCAUGAGUCGUUGUUGCUUUUCACCACGGCGCUAGCGGUCUACGGGCUUCAGAAGGUGCAAUAUGAGACUCCCUUCUCCCGUAAGUGGUACAAGUGCUUGUUCGUAGCCGGGUUGGGACUUGGACUCGCUUUAUCCACUCGCUACUCGGCAAUUUUCACAUUGGCAUGGGCAGGAUUGUUGGCAGCCAGCCAGUUGUGGAGUCUUUUGGGCGACUUGCUGGUGCUGGACGUGAAGUGGUUCCAGCACCUCGUAGCCAGGGUCGUCACUUUGGUGGUGUGGCCCUUGACCAUCUACUGUUCGUUGUUCUACGUGCACUUGGCCAGUCUUCCCUUCAACGGAACCGGAUCAGGCCUGCUUUCGCCUGAGUUCAAGUCCACCUUGCACGACUCGGAUGCCUUGCUCUCGAUGCCUGUGGAGGUCUCGUACGGCAGCACUGUCACCAUCAAGCACAACCAAUUGGAGUCGUACCUCCACUCCCACGAUUUCAACUACAGAACAGGCAGUGGAGAGCAGCAGGUCACGCUUCUCGAUGACGCCUUGAGCCCAGACAAUGAGUGGAUUAUCGAGAGUGUCUACAAGAACAGGGAGGGAGAGCUCCAGAAACACUCGCGUCCCAUCAAGGACGGAGACAUGAUCAGGUUUUUCCACAAACAGACUGGCAAAUACAUGCGAGUUCACGACUUGAGGCCGCCUAUUUCAGAGCACGACUAUGCCAAUGAGGUCUCGUGCAACAGCUCGCGUGCUGAGUUGAUGGGCGACAUCAACUACGACUACAAAAUCCGGAUCUUGGCCAAAAAACCCCAUGCGGUCAACGACCUUCCUCUCAUCAAACUCCGUGCCACGGAGUCCGUCUUCCAGUUGGUCCACCAGGGUACCAAGUGUAUAUUGAUGAGCCACAAGGAUAAAUUGCCAGCCUGGGGCUUUGGACAAAACGAAGUGUUGUGUGUCGACGAGCCUACCAUCCCCAACACCCUCUGGUACAUCGAGUCGAACUCCCACCCGGUGUUGGACGACGACUUGAGCCAUCCACGAGUGGCCUUCAGACCCUACGGAUUUUUCCAGAAAUUCUGGGAAUACCAUAUGGCUAUGUUGAGGGUUCACCAAGGCCAAGACGGCCAGGAAGUGGAAUACUCUUCCACGCCUGCCAUAUGGCCGUUCGCUAUCCGGGGCAGACCCAUUACAAGCAACGAGAAUGGUACCGUUUAUUCGUUAGGCAAUAUUCCUAUUUACUAUACGGGACUUUUGUUUGUGAUCAUCGGUUUGUUCAAUCAUUUCUUCCACGCGGUCAAGCAUCUCAAUCCGUUUGUCUACGCCACCGACUCGCAGGCAUCCGAGCUUUACUAUGCAAAUAGUUUUAGCACGAUUGCAGGAUGGGCCCUCCACUUUAUUCCAUUCAUCUACCUCUCCACCCCGACGUUCGCCAGUGAGUACUUGGUGUCGUUGUACUUUUGCAUUCUCUUGAUAGCACAGUACGUGGAGUACCAGAUUUCCAAGAGGAAGUACUUUGGAUACGUGUUAUUGGUGUUGAUCUUGGGCACGGCAGUCACAUUUUAUCUCCAACUUCUUCCAGCAUUGAACGGCGGCUGGACAGCAGAACAGUGCAUGAGUUCGCCAUGGGCAUGGGGACUUGCCUGUCUGUCAUUUUUGGAUAUAGAAACCUUGUAA